AUGCAUCUCCCCUCUCUCGCCCUCGGGCUUCUUGGCCUUGCCCUCACAGCCUCAGCGACCUCCCUCGACAAACGAACAUCUCGCACCAGCGCCCCAUCAGGCUGUCUCACUGUCGGCUCGUCAGGCACGUACUCGACAAUCAGCGCUGCGUUGACAGCUCUUGGCUCGUCUACCUCUGAUGCCUGCAUCUACAUUGCUGCCGGCACAUACACGGAGCAGCUCACCAUCACCUAUCCGGGAAAACUGACCAUGUAUGGUGAGACAACGAACACGGGUUCUUACAAGAACAAUGUGGUCACUAUCACCCAUACCAUUUCCUCUCCCGAAGCCGGAACGCUUGAUCUGAGUGCCACGGUCAACGUCAAGUCGGCCUUGUUCAAGAUGUAUAACAUCAAUGUUGUCAAUGGCUACGGCAAGGGGGCGCAAGCCGUAGCUCUCGUAGCCAAUGCCGACCAGAUCGGCUUCUACGGAUGCAGUUUCACCGGCUACCAAGACACCCUCUACGCCAAAGCCGGUCGUCAGUACUACUCUAACUGCUACAUUGAGGGAGCCGUCGACUACAUCUUCGGUGACGCCUCCGCCUGGUUCGGCGAAUGCGACAUCGUCUCCAACGGCCCCGGCGCCAUCACCGCCAUGUCGCGCACAACCUCGGACGAAACCACCUGGUACGCGAUCGACCACUGCAACGUCUAUGGUAAAUCCGGACUCGAUCUCACCAGUCAAGUCUACCUCGGCCGCCCGUGGCGAGUGCUUGCCCGUGUCAUCUACCAGAAUUCCGAGUUGUCAGACAUCAUCAACGCCAAGGGGUGGACGACCAUGGCAUCUGGCGCGACACCGCUCUAUUAUGAGUACAAUAACACGGGUGCUGGAUCGGAUACUUCGGAAAGACAAUAUGAGACUUCUAUCUCUGCUGCUGUUACCAAGAGCACGGUCCUUGGCAGUGACUGGAAGAAUUGGCUUGAUACCACUUAUUAA